CCUAAAAGGUACAACAAAUGCUCCCGUUGUGGACCUUUUGAGGCUGAACACCCCAAGACAAACCAAAACCACUUUUAUAACCCCUGCUUUUUGUUUGGAGUCCCCCUACCCCGGGCGUAUAGCGAUGACAUACAAAGCCUUCUUAGCGAGAUUAAUUCUCCUUACGAAUAGAGACAAUAGUCCCACUCGACGUUCCUGCUGCUUUGCAGGCCAGAUACUGUCUCUAAAGCAGCGUCUUUUUGUUAUCUGUUCUUUGAUAAUGGUUUUCAUUCUUCAGGUAGAGAUGGCUCUGGUCUCUCAGGACUUUUUUAAAUAAAGGCUUGAUUUUUCUUUGUGGAAACCAUAAAGAAAUAAAUUUCACGCUCUUUUAAUCCAAAAUGGACGCAGCUAUGAGCCACUGAGCUCUUUCAAAGAGAAGCUUGUAGAGAGCAGCCGCUGGCCAAAGGUGUCUGUCAAAAUUUUUGGGGUGGGUGGGCCCGCCGGCCCCUCCCAUUCUACGACCAAGAACAAGGACAAAAAAGCUGACCGGGGAUUUUUUAAAAAAAGACAACAGAAGAGCUUUAGAGCCUAGGAAAAUUGCACCAGGGAGGGCAAAAUAAUUCACCAGGUCUGUCUUUGACUUCUUUAACCAGUGGGGAAGUCUCGAUAGAGACUGGGGCGGGACAACCAUCAAUUAGGCACCAGUCUUACAAGACCUCUCACGGUUUCGGUCACGGUCAAAAUGGCGGAAAAAUUGUUUCCCAAGCUGGUUUUAUUCGGGGAUUCCAUUACUCAAGAAUCGUUUAGCGAAGGAGGAUGGGGUGCAACAGCAGUAGGUCACUUCCAGAGGAAAUGUGAUGUUCUUAAUCGUGGAUUUAGUGGAUAUACUACGGCAUUCAGCAAACUGAUUCUACCCAAAGUCCUUCAAUGUGACAACAGUCCCAAAGGUAGCAUUGCAGCAGCAGUCAUCUUGCUUGGCUCUAAUGACGCUGUCUUGGAAGACAUUGAUCCACGAGGACUCUCUGUUGAACAGUAUGUUACAAACUUGACUGACAUCUUAACAAAAUUCAUGAAUGAUGGGAUAGCAGCAAAUCAACUUAUCUUACUAACACCGCCGGCAAUAUCAGAAGUUAUGUAUGAGAAACGUUGUCGUGAAAUGGGAUGUGCAAUGUCUUUAUCAGAUGAAAGAGUAAAAUUAUUUGCAUCAAGAUGUGCUGACUUGGGAAAGUCUAUUGGAGUGGAUGUUGUAGAUCUUUACACAUUAUUCCAUCAGCAGCCAAACUGGGAAUCGUUUCUGAGUGACGGGCUACACUUGUCUAAAGAAGGGAACCGUUUUGUGGCAGAUCACGUGAUUCCAUUACUAGAUACCAAGCUAGGACACUUACCUAAGAUAUUGCCUGACUGGAAGGAUAUUGACCCGAAACAUAUAGAGAAAGCUCUGCUGUAAUCAUGAGAUGUCUCACAGUGCGACUACUCAAACUGGGCUGCUUGGAAAAGAGUAAACCAAUCAGAACGUUACUACAGAACAAAGGAUACCGAUCUUUUUCUUAAAUAAACCAAUAACAUUGAAACAAACAAUAGGUUUAUUUCCAAAUAUGGAAAUCCAACAAAAGUGUGAACUGUUGCGGACCUCUCAGGAAAUUUUGUCAAUUAUUGAUUGGUUAGUUUCGAUCUUAAAUUUUGGACUGAAUCUGUAGAGUGUAUGCAACACAGAGGGGUCAAUAUUAUUCAUGUACCAGUGUAUAUGUCAAAUGAACCCUUACUUGCGUUCAUUAAACAGACAGCAGUCCAUUUUUCUCAGAUAAGUUCUAAUUGUUAGUUUUCUCCUAGGUGGCCCGGUUCAAGUAGUUGCACUAUAACAGGAAUCUAAAUCUGUCCUUUCUUCAAUUAAAUAUACACAAUUUUCCGGAAUGAUAUUGAAAUGUCAAUCAACAUUCAUGGACGUGCCCGAUCACAAUAUUUCGGCCAUUUUCAAAGUCUUGUGUUACCAUACAGACUGUAAAGAAGUGCGUUUUUUAAUGGUAAUCUUAGCACCAGGGUAAACAAUGGCUUACGUUUUAUCCAUCUCGUCCUUGUAAAAGAAGAAAUCACUAUGCAUUUUCGACGAAUAAAAUGAUACAAAGUUGUGUUACAAGGUUGUUCAAUAUUUUAUUUAACGUUUUAGAUAUUCAAAACUAUCAUCAGACUACAAAAGAUUACUAGAAGACUCUGAGAUUUUCGCGAUAGGUAACUGACGAAAUCAUGUUUUAUUGAUCUAAAAUCCAGCUAUUGCGUCUCUGCACUUGAACGAUACAAAAUGUCAUUAAGUGUUAAGCUCAUAAGUUACUUAGCUUUGCAAAAUGCCGUCACAUUAUCUAUAAAGAUCUAACAGAAAUCAAACAUCUUGGGCUGAUAGUGUAACCAUACCAGGUUUAGGACAGGUUCUGACCCAGUUUAGGACAAAGCCAAGUAAAACAUACUAUUAUAUGCCCUGUUCAAGACAGCCAGGCCAAAACACUGCCUUACUAUAGGAAAUUAAUGCUUCAUGAAAUUAACGUGAAUUUUUGAAAUUUACAUUAAUUUAAGCUGCAUUAAUUUAUGUAAAUAUUAAUUUCCACUCUGUUAAUUAAGUUGCGUGUUAGUUUCUGCAACGUUAAUUACCAUUAUUUUCCCCCAAAUAUGUGACACACUUCAGACAUUCUUGACACAGCCAAACAAUAAAUUUUAUUUGUGCCCUUUACAUUUCACAUCAAUCUUUCACAUUAGUAAAUCAUUUACUGUGCUUCAACUGAAUUUUGUUCGUAUUUGCUGUCAGCUUUACAGUGUUAAAAUAAAUUGGUUCCUGUUCUCAACAAAUUCUGUUUUUUUUUUUUGGUGUAGCAGAUGCGUUAAUUUCCCUCAUUUUGAAAUUUUGUCCCCUCUCUCGAAUUAAUUUCCUUUAUUGGGAAGGAGAUUUACCUUCAAUUCGUGUUAAUUUAAGUUGUGUUAAUUUCAAAAACGUUAAUUAACAGGAGCGUUGCCUAUAAUAAGGUAUACUGUACCCUGUCCAGUGGCACAUCUCCCUACAAGCUAAAUACGGGAGUGGCUCCCCCAGGGGAUAGGGGAUGGUCAGUGAAAUAUCAGCUAUUUACUUGCUGGGGUCCAAGUACAGUCAAACCUGUACAUAAUAGCCACCCUCAGGACUUGAGGAACUGGCUGCUUAAUACAGGUGGCCACUUAGUACAGGAUCACUAAAAAUACUCCCUGAGCAUGGUCUAAUGAUAUAGUACUGUACUUCAGCACAUUGCGGACAUGCAAAGCGUUAACUAUUUGAACUUAACCCCUGCUAUUUCAAACUGCUCUUCCCCUCGAGGGUUCCAAUUAAUGGGCUUCAACUGUACCAAUAUUUCAUAACCAGAGAGCAUAAUGCAAAUUAGUCAUUACAUGAAUGAGCUCGCUCUAGGAGCCCUUUGCUUUAUUGCAGUUUUAUUACAAACACCUAAGGUACAUACCCCUAAGAUUUAGAAAUGUUACUGGACAAUUUGCUAAUCAGUUGUGACUUAUCAUUUGUUUUAACAUUUGUUUAACAAGCUCAGUUGCCAGACAGUAUAACCCUAUUUUUUUAAUUUUUCUAUGCAGUUACUUGCCUCAUUAUUUGUUUAACUAAUAUUGAACUUGUCACGUAUACUGUCGGCAGCUUGAGUACAUCAUGUUCUGCAGUAUUUGUACUGGCCUCCAGGAAUUCGUUCUGAUUAGCUUUCUCCCUGUCCACACCAGUAGUGCUACUGCAUGACUUGUGCGAGGAUAUCACAAAUUUUUCCACUAGCUCAAAAGAAUGAUCUUUUUAACCAUGAAAUCUCUUAGCAGGAAAGAUAUACUUUUA